CCCUCCCCUCUGACUGGCUCCGCCUCCCGCAAAUCAGCGCGGCGCUGGCGCGCACGCUCCGCCCCUUUCAUACGUUACGGAGCCGCAGUGGCCCCGGACGCACGUGGAGCGGCUGCGCAUGCGCGGCCGCCCCCCCGGCCCCCCCCAGCCAUGGCGGGCCGAGGCCGGGGCCGGGGUCGCGGGCAGAUGACCUUCAACGUGGAGGCGGUGGGCAUCGGGAAGGGGGACGCGCUGCCCCCCCCCACCCUCCAGCCCUCCCCCCUCUUCCCGCCCCUGGAGCACCGGGCGGCCCCGCUGCCGGGGGGGGAGGAGGGGGAGUACAUGCUGGCGCUCAAGCAGGAGCUGCGGGGGGCCAUGAAGAACCUCCCCUACUUCGUCAAGCCCGGGGCGCCCCGGAGAGAUAUCGAGCGCUACUCGGACAAGUACCAGCUCUCCAGCCCCGUCGACAGCGCCAUCGACUGGAACCCAGACUGGAGGCGGCUGCCGCGGGAGCUGAAGAUCCGGGUGCGGCGGCUGCGGAAAGGCAGGACCACCAUCCUCAUCCCCAAGUGCAAGCAGCGGGUCGCGCUCGACAAGGAGGAGACCAUUAAGAAGCUGGAGAGCCUGGAGAAGAAGGAGGAGGAGGUGACGUCGGAGGAGGAAGAGGAGAAGGAGGAAGAAGAAGAAGGGAAGGAAGAGGAGGAAGAGGAGUACGACGAGGAGGAGCACGAGGAGGAGACCGACUACAUCAUGUCCUACUUCGACAACGGGGAGGACUUCGGCGCCGACAGCGAUGACAACAUGGACGAGGCGGUUUACUGACCCCCCCCCGGGGACAUCGGGGUCCCUCAUCACCCCCCCAGGACAUCAGGGUCCCCGUCACCCCCUGCCCCGGGGUCCCCGUCACCCCCUGCCCUGAUGUCUGGGUCCCCUCUCACCACCAGCCCCCCCCCCCCCUGCCCAGGACAUCAGGGUCCUUUCUCAGGCCCCCCCCCCCCCCCCCCCCCGGGACAUCGGGGUCCCCUGUCACCAGCCCCCCCAGAUACCGGGGUCCCCUGUCCGUCACCCCCCCCGGACACCCGGGUCCCCUGUCCCCCCCCUGCCCUGGACACCCGGGUCCCCUGUGCCCCCCCCCCCCCAGCCUGCAGGUGGCACUCGUGCUCCAGGGACGGAGAGGGGGGUGCGACACCCCAAGGUUGGGGCACCCCAGGGUGCUGGCAGCUGGGGCGGGGGCUUGGGGACACCCUGGUGUGUGUGUGUGUGUGUGUGUCCCAAUUUGGGGGUGUCCCAGGGGGCUCCCGAACCCCUGUGGUGGGGGUGUUUUGGGGGGAUGACACCCCCCCGGCCUUGUCCCCAAGCCAGCGGUGGGUGGGAUUGUCCCUGGUGGAGGCGAUGAUUUUAGGGGUGACGGGGAGGCCCCCCCCAAGCUCCCCCCCCCCCCCCCCCCUUUUUCUGGCAGCUUUUUAACAUUUGGGAUUUUUUAACCAUUUUGGGUGGAUUAAAGUUGAUUUCUGUAUUUCCA